CAAAAGGGGGCGUGACUGUUUAAAGAUUUUUUUUCCCUCCCAUAAAGCAAUUUAUUAUUUUUUUUUCAAAACUGACUUUUGCCCCUCCAAUCCUCGUCGCUCUUUACGAUCCCUCCCUGCCUGCCGCUGCAUUCAAGUUUAUUUAUUUGCCUGCUGGCGUGGUAUAUUUUUCCUUGCUGCUCUUGCUGCUGCUUCAGAGGGAAAAGGGGAGCAGCUGUUGGGCAAGACCGAGAAGAAGAACUGGGGUUGUGUGGUUUUUUUUUCUCGAUCUCCUUAUGUAGUCAUCUGAGGGGUGGAUUCUUUUUCUCCCUCACCCCCCUCCCUGCUCUUUCAAACUGUUUUGUCCUUCCGCAGAAGUUGAUGUUCCCGGGACUGGACCCUGCUUUAUCAAAGAGAGGCUCCGGGAGGCUGAAGCAGGAGAUUUCCGCACCUCGCCGUAUCGCUCCGUUCGUCCCCCGAGCAGGAGAGGCCAGCCAAGACCAGCAUCAUCAGAGGAGUUUGCAGGCUUGAUUUUCCACUUCUCCGAGUCCUUGGUGCAUCCACCGCCCAGGAACAGGAAGGACAAGAAAACCACUCCACAAAGUCUCCUUCAAGACACUCUCUGUGCUGCAGAACAGGCUCCCCAACUCCAUCAGCGCACCAAACAAACUCCUCAGGGCUUUUGCUCUCCCUCCCCCCCCUUUUUUUUCCCCUUUUUUUUUGUCCCUUUUUUUUUCUUUUCCUUUUUGUUUGUUUUUCAUUUGCCGGGGGGCGGAGGGCCAGGAAGGAAGACACAAACUUUGUACUUUAAGAAUCUGCUGAUACUUCUCGCCUCUCUCCUAGCCGGCGGCCUUUAAUUUACUGCCAGGACCCCCCGUGGGCUUCCAGGGGGAAGAUCUCCUUCCUCUCCUCCCCGCUCCUCUCCCCUCCGUCUCCCUCUCGCUCCCUCCAUCCCCGCGUCCCCCGGCCGCCCCCGAGCCGCGGGGCCGCGCCGCCGGGGCCCGCUCGCAGGGGGCGGAGGACCGGCGCCCCUCGCCCGCCCGCCCGCCGCGUCGGCGGGCCGGUGUAUGUCGUGCCGUGGGCUCCUCCGUACGGGACUCCCGGUGAAUGAGCACCGCCCGCCGCUUGCCGCCGCCGCCCGCCUCGGCCCCCACCUCCCCUUGCCGGGGUGAGGCUCCCUGAGGGACCGCGGAUCGCGCCUCCCUGCCGGCUGCCCGUCUGCGGCGGCAGGAGCCCUCCGCUCGCUGCGGCGCGGCUCUCCGCGGAGCCCUCCCGCUCUGCGCCUCGCUUUUUUAUUUAUUUAUCCCCCCCCUACCACCCGCGCCCCGGCUCGCCCCCCACCCCCACCCCCAUUUUUAAUUUUUUUUUUAAUUUCAUUUUAUUAUUUUUGCCCUUUUCCCCCGCCUUUUUUAAUUCUUCCCCCCCGCAUCCCGGGCGCGAUGCCGCACGUGGAGAUGCUGCUGGUGGCGGCCGCGGCGCUGUGGGUGUGCGUGCGCGGGCAGGAGCCCGGCGCCAAGGCGGUGGCCGACCGCUACGCCGUCUACUGGAACAGCACCAACCCCAGAUUCCAGCGGGGCGACUACCACAUCGAUGUCUGCAUCAAUGACUACCUGGAUGUGUUCUGCCCUCACUAUGAAGACUCAGUGCCAGAAGAUAAGACCGAACGCUAUGUUCUGUACAUGGUGAACUUUGAUGGCUACAGCUCCUGUGAUCACACCUCCAAAGGGUUCAAGAGGUGGGAGUGUAAUCGGCCGCAUUCCCCGAAUGGACCAUUGAAGUUCUCAGAAAAGUUCCAGCUCUUCACGCCCUUCUCGCUAGGAUUUGAGUUCAGGCCAGGCCGGGAAUAUUUCUACAUUUCUUCUGCGAUCCCAGAUAACGGAAGGAGAUCCUGUCUAAAGCUUAAGGUCUUUGUGCGGCCAGCAAACAGCUGUAUGAAAACUAUAGGUGUUCAUGAUCGUGUUUUCGAUGUUAACGACAAAGUAGAAAAUUCAUUAGAACCAGCAGAUGAUACCGUACAUGAGUCAGCCGAGCCAUCCCGUGGUGAGAACGCGGCACAGACACCAAGGAUACCCAGCCGGCUUUUGGCAACUCUAUUGUUCCUCCUGGCAAUGCUUUUGAUAUUAUAGCACAGUAUGCUCCGGCAACCUGUCGCAGAAAAUAUCAGGGUCUUGGAACAUCAAAGAUCCACCUAACUGCUCAUCCCAGGAAAGGGACUUUAUUGUUUUUGCAGAUGUCAAAUUGUUAUUUUUCCCUUUUCCCUUUUCUUCUCCCUUUUAGCCUGAACUCAGCAAAACUUUGAAGGGGAUAACUAGCUUCAGCACCCAUCCCUACCUACCCUGUGACUUUCUUAACCCCUCCAUAUAAAUAAAAGGACUCCAAAUGAAAAUGCCAAACUAUAAUAGUGACACUAGUGAUUCUUAUUUUCCUCUGCAUUCUCCUUUAAGAAGUCACCUCUGUUAGCUCACUGUGUCAUCUGUAUGUGGACAAGGAAGAACAGUGGCAGAUGCAGUCAGUGAAGGAUAAGGAAAGUGAGUGAAAGCCUGGGAGAGUUUUUCUCUCUGAUACAAUAUUUAUGCCUUCUCGUUCAGCACUGUAAGAUGAUCAUGCAAGGCAUCGUGUCACCAUGUCAGGACUGGAGGGGAAAUAUUAAGAGUAGAUAUAAUAUAACACCAUUUCCUUCAGGAGUUUCUAAAUGAACAGGCUCCUGAAAGGGAAAGACGAUGUUUCUUAUAGGACUGUCUUGAAACAUGUUUGACAGCAAAAUUUGUGCUCAUGAGUAGACGUGCUGUCUUUGGUGAGAGGAGGAAGUUAGUAUUUAGGAAUGUUAGCACACAGCAGGCAAGGUCAGAUUUAGGAAACUUCACUGGGGGUGUGAGUGCCUCUGUUAUUUCGUUUUAAGGGGAUAAUGCACACCGGAUUAUUUUAUUUUAAAACAAAUCACCGUGGUGCUACAAUUUUUUUCUUGAAAUGCAGAGGCACUUUUGAGAAUAAAGUGACCUUCCCCAGCGCUGACUUAGUAGCGGAUAGCCUUGGAUGCUGCUCUGGGUGUCAAUACAUGCUAAGAGAGGACAUCAGUGGCCAGAGGAAACAUGUUUGGGACACAGGAUCUCCAGUGUGCUCUUGAUUUGUCUCUCCUGCAAGUUCCUCAACCAUGGGAAUAAACCACAUGUAGAAGAAACCAGGACAGCCUAGUAGCAUUGUUUGGUGGCGGGAAAGAAAAGAAGUGUGAAAUAUGAAUUCAAGUGUUGAUUUUUAAUCUUUUCCCCUUCCAGCACAGUUUGAAGAGUAGAGGAAACGUGUUUAUCAGCCGGAGAUAAACUAGAUGGGCUCCCAAAGACUUAACAAAAUAUUUUUUUAAAAAUCCACUAGAAUAGAAAAUACAUUAUUUAGAUAUACUUUAUGCUGAGAGUGAGUAUAUAUGCUUGUCCUAUUUAAACAUGUGAGAGAAGUGGUAACCCUUGAUGCAAUUAGGAAAUGGGACUGUCUUGUUUGAUGGGAUUAGGAGUGACCCUGUUUAAGGAAUCUGAGCCUUGGCUAAGUAGAACUUUAAAAAGUCAUUUGCCAGGAAGUGCACACCUUGGGGUAUUUUUUGGCUAGGCUGCCAUGAAAUUUGGACUGCUAAGCAUAAUCAGGGAAAUAUCAGACCAAGACUGAAACAGAGCUUUUCUAACAAAAACUGUGAUAAUUAUGUUAAAUGCGAAACAAAACCUGGAGCGUAUUCAAGCAAAACAAGGGUUUUCUAUAUGAAUCGUGAAGAGGAAGUCUGAGUGAUACCAUUAAUGGAUGGGACUUCGUGGGAUUGAUUGUUUUUCCUGAAGAAAAGCUUUCCAGAAGUUGAAGCAGCCCGCCAUUCAAAAAAAGGAGGAAAGGGGGAAAUAAAUUUAAGAUGUAGGGGGAGGUUUAUGCAUGCUAAACUGUGAUCUGGGCUUGCCUGAUAUCCUACAACACAGUCAUUAAUACAGGGCCUGUGCUUACAGAAGGAAUGUAGGAAAUUUCCUCUGGCGUGAAGUGCACACAAUAAAGAUACGCAGUCUAAACAGUGAGGGAAGUCGUCAUCUCAUUACAGGCUAUCUGGUACUUUGCUCUCUUUAAUGUGGAUGUGCUUGGUAGACACACUAAUACUUCCUGGUGGUAGGAAUUAAAAAGCUUUGGAUGAGGUGAGCUUAAUCAAAAUGCACCUUAUCAAAUGGACUAUUAACCAGAGUACAGAUAAUAUUGCAUGAUAGGUAACCAUAUUAAAAUGAUUCAUAGCAAUUGCAGGCAGUCAUACCAGUAGCGCCAAUUUAAUGUCGAAAUGGUGACUUCAUUUUUCAUCCUUUGUCUCUGAAUGAUGUCGGAGUUCAAGACGUACAUUUAUCCAUGGCAAAGGAUUUUUCACUAGUGUUACUCCUGGUGAAAUUCACCCCUUCGUUUUAUCACAGAGUAGACGAGGAACAACACGAGUGACGCAGCUGCGAGGCAGGUCCCUGUGCUGCCUGGCAUGGCAUGGCUGGGAGCGUACCAGACACUCUCCAGUUUGAUACUCGGUGGCAUCAGGCAAUCCCAGUCAUACCAAGUACGUAAGUGCUGAUGGGCUUCAUGUUGCGUUGCAAAUCUCUGGACGCUUUAAAUGCAGGUGUUGGUGCAAAUUCAGGAGAUGUCUUCUCCUUUCCCCUUUAUCUGCCCCAGCGCGAAUCUGAGGGACCGACUCUCCCUCAGCCUAGGUGGGUGGCUUGCUUACCCCCAUGACCUGCACUCCUGGAUGCCAAGUGCACUGCAAUGUGAAGCAGGGGAAAUAGGGAUCAGUCAGUUUAGUGGAUACUGUGUAUCCUUUAAUAGACAAGGUAACAUUUCGUGUUAGUUUAGAAUAUUGUUUUGUACUGUACUUACUUGGAUGGCGAAGGAAAGACAAGUAAAGCUAUGUUCUUUAAAUUCUGUAUUAUUAGCAACCUCUGUUGUAUAUAGUGUUUGAUAAUAAAGUAUUAAUUUGAUUCUUAUGUCUUUUGUAAGUGAGAACAAUAGACUUUCAGGAUAUUAAAAUC